UCCCAUCAGGGAAAGCUGACAAUUAUUACAUAGGAGGGCGCAACAGACCAACGCCAUUCCUUUACAAUACGUUAAUCAAAACUGUGAAGCAAUCACUACACUUGUUCGCUCUCUCACAUCUCUCUCUAACUAAUAAACAAUAUACCGGCUUUCAUCUCUUUAUUUUUAAAUGCCUUUGCAUUCGGGUCCCUCAACCAAUCAUGGGCAAUUGCUUGCCUUCCCGUGAUGUAUCCGACGGAGAACUAUGCACUGAAGAGAAAGCUAUGAUCAAGCCUGGAAGGGUUUCAAGUCCCCUGGAAACGGAUAGCCAGAGCACUACUACAGAUUGCAAAAGGCAUAUGGGCCCCGCCAUCACAUCUGCUUAUCCACAGGACGCUAGGAAUGGCGGCAGUAAGAAACUCAGACUGCUUGUAACAAAGCAAGAGCUUGGAGAAUUGCUUUCCAGGCGGAUGUCAGUAGAAGAAAUGCUUGCGGGAGUCCACAGAGAAGGACGGUAUAAAGUCGAUUUUUGUACGAGGUGGCAGCCACUGCUUGAAACCAUCCCCGAGGGAGGUGAGUAGCACUUUCUGUUCCCCUCACUGUCGACCUGGUAAGUUGCUGUCAAUACAUGUACAGUUCCCAGUUAUAUAUAGAAGGAUCGUAGGAAUAAUAAAAACUCGAAUUUUUCUUUGUUUGCCUGGAAAUGUACGUGCAAGGCAUUCCAUCUGUAAGGCUGGGCUUCUGGUAAUUGAACAUUCAUUGAUUUUAAUGUGUGUAAUGGGUUGAAUAAAUAAUCUAAUGAUCCACAUAUUCUACGGUUAUACCCGAUUUAUUUUUGUUUUAUGUGUUGAUAUACUCUUAUUGAGUAAGUUAAUAUAAGUCCACUCGUGUGUAAAUAUUAAAUUACUAGUUUUCCAUUAUGGGAAGGCCAGUUGGACAUAAUAUUUAACUAGAUUAGACACCUUUUUUCACUUUGAGCCCUAAUUUAGAUUAAUUUGUGGCAUUAAGAGCCGCCUCUUGUCCUGGAGAGAAAAGAGAGAUGGGAAAACCCCCAAUUUUGUGGUUGUUCGUCUGACCCUCUUAUAAAAUAUUUGUACUAGAUCCUCUCCAAUAUUCAGGAGGCGUAAAAGAAGAAAUACUACUUUGAGGAUGGGAAACUGCCUGUUUGGAGGCUUGGGAGAAGCUGAUGGUGUGAUCAAAGUCAUAACUUCAAGCGGUGGAGUCAUGGAGUUUUCUGCUCCAAUAACAGCAGGAAGCAUCACGGAUGAAUUACCAGGGCACGCCAUUUUUCGAAGCCAUGAUCUCUUCUGGAAACCACUCUUUCACCAUGAAGAACUCCUCCCUGGAAAAUCAUACUAUCUUCUUCCGCUUAACGGCAAAGACACUUCAGGUAAUAGUGGCCAGAUUGUCCGAGAAGGCCAUGUCAGGUCGAACAGCAUCCCAGCAUCGCUCGUUGCUCCUUACAGGAUGUCCUUUGAUUAUCAGGGGACUCUGAAGAGGUCCCAUACUGAUGUUUUCUCCAGGUACAACAACCCUGCAGGAUUUUGGAAAGUGAAGCUAGUAAUCAGCCCAGAACAGCUGUUGGAAAUUUUAUCGCAAGAAGCUCGUACUCAAGAAUUGAUUGAGAGUGUCAGGACAGUUGCCAAGUGCGGAAGUGGGGUCUCAACUUCUGUUGGAUUUUCAGAUCAAUGGAGUCUGUCAAGCAGUAGGAACGCUUCCUCAAACAAAGAUGGCUUGUUGUUAGACAUCUAGAAUUACAGCUUCUUACAAAAUUUCCCCCCAUUUUACUUUUCCUUGUUUUGACAUUAGACAAUGUAAACAAUUGAAAUAGCAGUCUGAACAUGUCAUUUGGUGUCUUGAUUUGAUCUUUUCCUUUGUUUUGGUUGGGGUUGAUGUUGUCCCUGUUUAAUGUUCAAAUUUAUAGGUUUCUGGACAGCACAUCAAUUCCUCAUUUUCGCAA